UUUAAGAUCCCUUAAAAGUUAACCUCCUUCUGAGGAUCAGCUGUGGUGAUAUGGCAACCCAAAUCUGGACGAAAAAGAAGACAAACUUGUUUUGACUGUUUGCACUUUUAUUUUAUUUUCUGGUCUCUCUGCCUCCCUCACUCUUUCAUAGACGAGGAAGUUGCCAGGAAUAAGACGAAAGCAGGUAGAUCUUCUCGUCUUUACCAAAUCCCUUCCUUCUUUCUUUUCAAACAGCAAGUUUAACUUUUUAAACGCGGAAGGACCGAUGUUUUAAACAGCUCUGCGAUUUUCAAACGUUUUUUUAAAACCCUGCUGAGAAAAUAUCGUUUGGCGAAAGAGAAAGUACAAGCUAACGACAUGGCAGACAAUAGUGACGAAGAUAUUACAGACAGACAGUCUCUUCUAGAGAAAGACUUGACGUGUCCUGUCUGCAAAGACAUUUUUAGAGAACCCGUGUUGCUCUCGUGUAGCCACAGUUUCUGUCAGGAAUGUCUGGAGGGCAGCUGGAAGAACCAGCCGAAACGGCAGUGCCCGAUGUGCAGAAAGUGCUGCGACGGGGAGACACCGAUCUCUAACCGCGCAUUAAAUGACACCUGCGUCUCCUAUAAAAAGGAGAGGAACCCGAGAGGACACGGUACUGGUGAUGAUGAGGUCAUCUGUGGUUUGCACCAGCGUAUCUUCCAGCUCUUCUGCAUUAAAGACGAGGAGCCCGUGUGCGUCGAGUGCGUGACUCUUCAUCCGGGGCACGACCUGGUGACCAUAGAGCAAGGAGUGCCUUUCUGCAAGGAAGAGCUUAACAUGAAAAUCAAAAUACUGGAAAGUAAGCAGGAUUCCUUCAAAAGGAUGAAAAAAAGAUAUAAAGACACAGUUUCCUUUAUUGUGAGCCAGACUAAGGAUGCUGAGAAUCAAAUCAAAGAAGAGUUUGAAAGACUCCAUCAGGUCCUACGUGAUGAGGAGACAUCUAGAAUAAAGGCUUUGUAUAGAGAAGAAAAUGAGAAGAAGGAAAUAUUGAAUGAGAAGAUUGAAAACAUCAGUCGCGAUAUCACAGCUCUUGCUAAAUUAAUUCAGUCUGUGAAGAGGGAAAUGGGAGACGAAGAUUUGACUUUUCUUCAGAAUUUCCAGAGCCUAAAAAGACGAACCCAGUGGACUGGUGAGGAACCAAAGAGGGUUCAAGGAGCUCUCAUCAACAUGGCCUUGCAUGUAGGCGCUUUAGGUUACAAAGUCUGGGAAAAGAUGCUGUCUCAUGUCACAUGUUUGCCUGUAAUCCUGGAUCCCAACACAGUCUCGCCCUGGCUCUCCAUAUCUCCUGAUUUUUCCAGUGUGCAACAGAGUCAGGAAAGACAAACUUUCCCAGACAACCCUGAGAGGUUUGAUCCCUGUGUUUUUGUCCUUGGCUCAGAGGGUUUCUCCUCGGGACGCCACCGUUGGGAGGUCCGUGUGGCUGACCACCCCAAAUGGAUCUUGGGAGUAUGCAAGGAGUCAGUGGUUCGGAAGAGGAAGUUUACAGUGACAACAACAGCCGGAGUGUGGACCAUCGCUCUGAGUAAAGGAGUCUACAGUGCACUGACCACUCCACGCACUGAGCUUAAUCUAGAGAGAAGGCCUGAAACCAUCAGGGUAAAGGUCAAUAUGGAGAAGGGAGAGGUGUCCUUCUGGGAUACAAGUAACAACAAGCACCUAUGUACAUAUAAUGAUAAGUUCACUGGAAAGCUGUUCCCCAUCUUUGGCCCAGGGCUUCAGAGUACACCCAUCACUAUCUUGCCUGCAAAAGUGACCAUACACAAACAAUAAUUACAUUUGCUUUGUUUCUUUAACAUCUUAGCCUGGUGAGACUGAAGAGUCUAAAACCCUUCACUGAAGUUGCUACUUAGUUUGAACAGAAUUCAAGGAAUAAUUUAGAUUCAGUAGAAGUUGAUCUCAGUCAACAGCAUUUCAAACAGCACAACAAUCAUGACACUAAUGCCAUAAACCCCAAAGCGAUUAAACAAGUGUAAUUCAAAUAGUGUUACAGAUCAAAUAAAAGUUCUAAAAGAAGAAUUACAUGUAAGUGCUUUUAUCAGAUGAUGAGCUCCAUAUUUCUGCUUUUAAAUCCUCCAAAAACUGAACCCGUUCACUUCUAUUUCAAGUGCAGCACCAUAAAAGUGAUCCUUAAUUUAUUAUUUUUCUCUUUAAGAAAAAAGGGACAAAUUGAAAAGAUUUGAUGUCAUGCCACAAAUGCUGUUGUUUGUGAAUAACUUGUACUGGACUUGGAAAAUUCCUUUAAAUGAAAAUAGGAAAGAAAGAAAUGGAAAUUCAAAGGAGGUAAACAGUAUAUGCUGAUAUAUUAUACUAAAACAUGUCAUGAUUUAUGUUUUUUUUCCUCUCUCCAUAUUAUGUUAGUGUGAUUUGCUGUGUCAGGGUGGUGUAAAAAAGUAUUUUUUUAUUGUCCUCCACAAUGUGAAUGGCUUUAUUGCUGCUAAAACACUAUUGAUCGUUCAGUAGAAAAUGUCUUUCAUAUCAAUCAACUUAAAGUGCUGCAAUUAAGCCUUUUCGAAUAUUACCUUCACAUUAUACAUUGCAUUGCAUUAUGCAGUGUAUCAUGUAGCUGUAUGUGAACAUAAAUUAUCUGCAAAGUUUUGAAGCUGACAGUGCACGAUAAGAAAUGUUAUUGUCAAAAAAAAAAAAAAAAAGUCUGCUUGCAAUCGCAUACAAUGGGAUGGGGAAAACAUGCCAUAAAGUUUUGAGACAU